AUGGGUUUAAGACAGAGGCGAUUGGCUAUAGGGAGAGACCGGGGAGGGGCCGCUCCGUCGAAUACAGAAUAUCAGGAUGACGUGGUACCUCUAAGUGAGCUGCAGCGGAGGCUAGACUUCGAGCAAAAGGUCUUCGACGAUCGAACGAUUGUUCCAUCCAUUAAAUGGAAAGUACCGGAGAGGCCGCACAGUAGCCUGCAUCUUAUAUGGGGUGCAUUGCUACUACUUGUUGUUCUAUUCGUACGGAGGCUUCCCCGUUUUCCUGGGGUCAAGCCGGCGCGCGCAGAGCCUGGCGACCCUCUGAUGUACUGGGAAGCAAAAAAUAUCCUUGGAGAGAAUCCGAAAGAAGGGCUACAGCGACGACUACGCGCAAACCCUCAUUUGCUGAAGGGUUUUUGUGACUUUGCACAGCUGUCGAAGGAGAGUUUGGAUCGCAGAGACAGGACAGCCCAACGCAUCUACAGCUAUCAGAGGGAAAUGGUAGGUGCCUUCAAUCCACUUCUUAUUGUCACCGAUCGUAUAGAGGCUCUGUUGAAGCAGUUGCCACCACAAGCGCAAACGCUUCCACCCAAUGCCGAGGAGCUGCGUACUCAGUUGGAGCUUCUUAACGAAGCAGAAGCAAGCACGUCGUACAGAAAGGCUGAAUUCCUGGAGAACUGGGACAAGGGACGAAUGAAGAGGGAACUGUACAACGAUCCCGCGGUGAUUAGUUCAUUGCACCAGCUGAUGAAUCUUGACUCGGCACACAUGAGGAAGAAGAUUGCAGCGCUGGAGCUCCUGACCAGCGCAGCCUCAAAAGCAGUCGACGGCUGCAGUAUUGCACCAGUCGUGAAAAGGGAGCUACAGGCUCUUGAGACGAAAGCUCAACAAGCAGCUACCGACGCUCAGAAACAGGCCGCAAAAUGCAUGGAGCUGUUACCACCACAGGACCGCUGGAUGCUUCUGCUUUUCGUCGAUCACAUUGAACCGUCCGCUUGA